AUGGCGCAUGCGGACCCUCCCACGGAUAGCAUGACGGAGGCCUUCGACAUGUUCAAGGCGGACACGGAGAAGCGGCUGCGGGAGCAGGAGGAUCGGCGCAGGCUCUGCAGGAGCAGAGGGCCGCCGAGGAGAAGAGCGCCCAGGAGAGCCGCGGAGAGGCAGCAGAUGGAUGAGCGCCAGGCGGUGCAGUUGGCGGCGGCGGCGAAGGCGGCCAACGAGCGCGAGCGGAUGGCAAGGGAGGUCCUGGAGGAGGCGCGCAAGGAGCGCGAGGCGAAGGAGGCCGAGGCCGAGGCCCAGGCCCCCGACGAGCUGCGCGUGUCCAACCCGACGGAGGCCUUCGACGAGUGGAAGGCGGAGCACGAGGCCAAAGCGCAGGCCCACGCCAAGAACGAGGAGGAGAACGCCGCCAAGCUGCUCGCCCACCUCGAGGCGGAGGAGUUGGCCGUGAAGCAGGAGCAGACGAGGCGGCAAGAGGAGAAGAUGGAGCUGGCCCGGCAGCAGCAGCUCAAGCGGGCAGAGUCGACCCGGAAGAUCCUGGAGGAUGCCCAGGAGGAGGCCAGGAAAAGGGAUAAGCUGUUGGAGGAGAUGACUCCGACGGGCGCGGUGUCAACCCCCACCGAGGCGGUGGACGAGCUUUUAGCCAGGAUCGCAGGCAACGACGACGCGUUCGGGGUCGGCGCUACCGUCAAAGCUUGA